UGCUUAGUUUUGGAACACACGGAGUAGGAGCACCGUCAACUGCGUAGUUGUGGACUUGGACAUCCCUAUACCAGUGCAACGUUACUGUAGCUACCCAAGACAUCAAGUCAACAGAGGGGCGUCACUAUCAGUCGAGCUCGUGAUUCGCGUCCUCUGCUGCGUUGCACGUCCGCAGCUCUGCUGAUCAGGACUAAGUCGGCUGCGGCCCACAGGUGACUGACCAGCUUCUGUGGGAUUUGAUGUCGCCUUUAGAUCGGCCCAACUGAAGAUGGAAACACUGGAGUCCGAGCUAACGUGCCCGAUCUGUCUGGAGCUAUUUGAGGACCCCCUGCUGCUACCCUGCGCCCACAGCCUGUGCUUUAACUGCGCCCACCGCAUCCUGGUGUCGCACUGCUCCACCAGCAAGCCCCUCGAGUCCAUCUCCGCCUUCCAGUGUCCGACCUGCCGCUACGUCAUCACGCUGAACCACCGCGGCCUGGAGGGCCUCAAGCGCAAUGUGACGCUGCAGAACAUCAUUGACCGCUUCCAAAAGGCCUCCGUCAGUGGGCCCAACUCGCCCAACGAGAGCCGGCGCCCGCCGCGGCUGUCUCCCCACAGCGUGAGCGCCCGCGGCAGCCCCGCUCUCACCAGCAGCGGCAGCAGCGUCACGAGCCCCCCGCCCUCCACCCUCGCCAUGUCCCUGGAGCAUCAGCAUCAGCAGCAGCAGCAGCAGCAGGUGGUGCAGCAGCAGCACCUGCGCCCCCUAGUGGGCUGCCAGUUCUGCGAGCAGGACCCGCCACGGGAGGCCAUCAAGACGUGCGUCACCUGCGAGGUGUCCUACUGCGACCGCUGCCUGCGCGCCACCCACCCCAACAAGAAGCCCUUCACCAGCCACCGGCUGGUGGAGCCCGUGCCGGACACGCACCUGCGCGGCCUCACCUGCCUCGAGCACGAGAACGAGAAGGUGAACAUGUACUGCGUGGUGGACGACCAGCUCAUCUGCUCGCUCUGUAAGCUGGUGGGACGUCACCGCGAGCACCAGGUGUCCUCGCUGAGCGAGCGCUUCGACAAGCUCAAGGCUUUUCAAGUGAGCCCGGGCAGAGUUUCAGAAGCGGUUAUGGAGGCAUCAAAGACAAGCGCCGCGCAAACCCUGGAGAACAACCUGACCAAUCUGGUGAAGAGGAACAGUGAGCUGGAGAACCAGAUGGCCAAGCUCAUCCAGAUUUGCCAGCAGGUGGAGGUCAACACUGCCAUGCACGAAGCCAAGCUGGUGGAGGAGUGUGAUGAGCUGGUGGAGAUCAUCCGGCAGCGGAAGCAGGUCAUCGCUGUCAAAAUCAAAGAGUCCAAGGUGAUGAAGCUGCGAAAGCUGGCCCAGCAGAUUGCUAACUGCCGUCAGUGCCUGGAGCGUUCCAGCGCGCUCAUCACACAGGCAGAGAACAGCCUGAAGGAGAACGACCACGCCCGCUUCCUGCAGACCGCCAGGAAUGUGGCUGAGAGGGUUGCCAUGGCCACUGCGUCUUCACAGGUGCUUAUCCCAGAUGUCAAUCUGAACGAGGCCUUUGACAACUUCGCCCUGGACUUCUCCCGAGAGAAGAAGAUCCUCGAGGGCUUGGACUACUUAACAGCCCCUAACCCUCCGUCCAUACGAGACGAGCUGUGCACCGCAUCUCACGACACCAUCACCGUGCACUGGACCUCCGAGGACGAGUUCAGCGUCACCUCCUACGAGCUGCAGUACACCAUCUACACCGGCCAGACCAACUUCAUCAGUUUGUAUAACUCGGUGGACAGCUGGAUGAUCGUGCCCAACAUCAAGCAGAACCACUACACUGUGCACGGCCUGCAGAGCGGCACGCGCUACAUCUUCUUCGUCAAGGCCAUCAACCAGGCCGGCAGCCGCAACAGCGAGCCCGCCCGUCUCAAGACCAAUAGCCAGCCUUUCAAGCUGGACCCCAAAACGGCCCACAAAAAGCUGCGUCUGUCCAACGACUGCCUGACCAUGGAGAAGGACGAGAGCUCUCUGAAGAAGAGCCACACACCGGAGCGCUUCAGCAGCACGGGCUCGUACGGCUCCGCCGGCAACGUCUUCAUCGACAGCGGCUGCCACUACUGGGAGGUGCUGCUGGGAGCCUCCACAUGGUACGCGGUGGGCGUCGCCUACAAGUCCGCGCCCAAGAACGAGUGGAGCGGCAAGAACUCGUCCUCGUGGGUCUUCUCGCGCUGCAACAACAACUUCCUGGUGCGGCACAACGGCAAGGAGCAGCUGGUGGAGGCGUCGCUGCAGCUGCGGCGUCUGGGCGUGCUGCUGGACUACGACAGCAACGCGCUGUCCUUCUGGGACGCCAUGAACGCGCAGCACCUGCACACCUUCCACGUCUCCUUCCUGCUGCCCGUGGCGCCCACCUUCAUGAUCUGGAACAAGUCGCUCAUGCUGCUGUCCGGCCUGCCCGUGCCCGACUUCGUGGACUGCCCCGAGCAGCAGGAGGGCCUGUGCCGCCAGCAGGAUUCUCCCUACGUCUCGUCCACCAUGAAGGGCUGCCACUGAGAGAGGGGUCUGGGGGGGUUAGCGGGAUCGGGUAGAUCGAGGCAGUUUGUUGGAUGGAUGGAUGGACUGAGCCGUGUCGUUGACGCUAACGCACUGGACUGGAGCUACUGCUGAGAGUGCCAGGCGGCAGCCGUCGCAGGGUCUCCCCCCCCUUUUCCUGGAUCUUCCUCCUACUCCUCUUCUUCUCAUGGUUUUCAGUUUCGCUCCUCAUGGUUUUAGCGCUCCUUCUCUCUCAUUGGUGGGUUAGCAUCGCCUGUGCUUCUCAGUUUCAAAGGAUGCGUUUAGUUUUUGCAACAGUUAUAGUUUAAUGGUUUUCCAAAACAACAAAGUUGACACAUUUUGACUACUACUUGUAUAUGAUGUGACCUCUGAUGAAGAUGAUGAUGAGUAUGGUGAGGAGGAAGAAAAGCAAUUGUAAAUUAUUUGUCACUAACAAGUUUAUUUGCUUUUUAUCAGUUUUGAUGUAAACCUGAUGCACUUUUUGGAUUGGUUUUAAUGCCCCUGUGUGUAAAAAAAACUAAAAAAAUCAGAAAUGGAUUUGGACAGGGUUGCUCUUACUUUAGAUAGAAUAGAAGAGGUUUAUCUUAUUAAUAAAAAAGGGAUACAAAUUUGAUGUUUCUACCGAAGUAAUGAAUUUAUUAUCUGAUGGAAUUAUAACUCACAGUUUUAUUAUAUUCAGGGAAGACAAAGAAAUCCUUUUAUUUGCAAUUUGUGUAGACGUUACGGCAUGAUAUGUAUUUCCUCUGUGAUUUGUUCACUCUCCUUCUGUUAGUACUUUUCUUUUCUUGUGAAAAGCAUGAUACAGUAUGUAUGAUUCCCACAGGCCCCACGUAGUGGACAGACAUCUAACCCUCUCAGUAUAUUUAUUGCACCGUGAACAAGUGACCCUUUUCUACACCCUCACUGCCCAUCGCUUAGUCUCCCACUGAGACUCAGUCAAAGU